AAGAGGCGGGGCUUCGGUUAAGGACGCUUGCCUGGCGUUGUUCAUUCAACAUGGCAGCGGGACCAAUUUCAGAAAGAAACCAAGACGCUACUGUGUAUGUUGGCGGCUUGGAUGAGAAAGUGUCAGAGCCGUUGCUAUGGGAGCUCUUCCUGCAGGCUGGUCCUGUGGUCAACACACACAUGCCCAAAGACAGAGUGACUGGCCAACAUCAAGGUUAUGGCUUUGUUGAGUUUCUUAGUGAAGAGGAUGCUGACUAUGCCAUCAAAAUUAUGAAUAUGAUAAAGCUCUAUGGUAAACCCAUCAGAGUCAAUAAGGCCUCUGCACACAAUAAAAACCUGGAUGUGGGAGCUAACAUCUUCAUCGGUAAUCUGGACCCCGAGAUUGAUGAGAAACUGCUCUAUGACACAUUCAGUGCCUUUGGCGUGAUCCUCCAGACGCCAAAGAUCAUGCGAGACCCAGACACCGGCAACUCCAAGGGUUAUGCUUUCAUUAAUUUUGCAAGCUUUGACGCAUCAGACGCCGCCAUUGAGGCCAUGAACGGCCAGUACCUCUGUAAUAGGCCCAUCACAGUGUCCUACGCCUUCAAGAAGGAUUCCAAAGGAGAGCGACAUGGCUCGGCUGCAGAGCGACUCCUGGCUGCACAAAACCCUCUCUCCCAGGCAGACAGGCCGCAUCAGCUGUUUGCAGAUGCUCCGCCACCGCCGAGUGCCCCAACGCCAGUUCUGACUGCAAUGGGAACUGCAAUGCCCAUACCAGGCAUGCCUCCUCCUGUUUUCCCUCCUGUUCCUCCGCCUGGAUCGAUGCCUCCGUCAAUGCCCCCUUCAAUGGCCAUGCCUCCAAGUGCAGGGGCACCAGGCCCACAGGGGGCCGGCGGCGGACCUCCACCCGGUCCACCACCCUUCCCUCCUGGCAGCAUGCAUCCAGGUAUGCCUCAGAUGCCCAUGCCUCCUCCUGGUCCUCCUGGCAUGGUGCCUCCACCUCCUGCUCCCCCAGGAUCAAAUCAACAACGGGCACCGCCACCCCCUGGCAUGCCCCCACCCCCACCCAUGGGCAUGCCACCCAGAGCACCCUAUGGCCCUCCCAUGGGUCACCCUGUGCCUCCAGGUAUGAGAGGGCCUCCUCCUCCCAUGCCUCCACCUGGCUACGGUGCUGGCCCCCCUCGUCCUCCCCCCUUUGGCUUCCAGAGAGGACCUCCAAUGCCUCCACGGCCCCCUGGUGUCCCACCCCGCGUUCCCAUAAGAGCACCAAUGCCGCCGUAAUCCGCCUCUGGCUGCAGGAACGGGCUCUCGCUGUUUUGUUUUUUGUUUUUUUUAAACAUCUUAAGAUCUACUCAAGUUUGUAAUAGUGAGAAUAAUUUAACCACCUGUUUGUGUUUUUUUGGUCAUUGUACAGAUGAAGACCUUUGGCGAUUAAAAUUUUUAGUACACCUU